GACAUCUUACAUUGUUAUUUUCGCGUGUCAUUGUCUUGCCUCACAAACCUACCACACACUGCAGCUACCAAGGCCCUGAACCGUGGCCUGGCAGAGUUUGUGGUGAUGGCAGCAGAUGCUGAGCCACUAGAGAUCCUUCUUCACCUCCCCCUCCUCUGUGAGGACAAGAAUGUUCCAUACGUCUUCAUUCCUUCCAAAGCCGCACUGGGUCGAGCAUGUGGUGUGUCUAGACCAGUAAUCGCCUGUGCAGUGACAGUGAACGAAGGCUCGCAGCUCAAACCUCAGAUACAGACCCUCCAACAGAACAUUGAGAGACUCCUCAUAUGAUUAUCAUGUGACACCCGG